CGCCAGAUUUUAAAUCUUGAUGUCUAACUAUUUAUAGAAAUCCAAGCCUAAGCACAAUAACCGUAACCGAGGAGAUGAGUUUCAAUAUUGUUAGACUUUUGCUUAUUUUGUGUUUUAUGUACUGGAUUGAUGUUUCUUAGAUCACGACUAUGUGCAUAUUAAUUAUACAGAGGGCAGGGAUAAACUCUUGUACAAUUAUAUUAACUUGAUGUAACAAUAAAAAUUAAUAAAACUUUAUUUUCUAAAAAAAUAUUUAUAGAAACAUGAGCACAACGAUGAUGAUAGAGAGGAUGUCAGCAAUUGAAACAGACGAGAAGAAAGAUGUAGCAGGACUAUGAGAGGAAAGAGGAGUAGGCAAGGGGAGGGCUGUGAAACCCAUUUUAUUGGUAUCUUUUGAACUUAGUCCCUCAUUUUAAGGAUAAAAACCAAUAGCUUUACAUUACUCGUAUAAUAAAAAUUGAACGGGAGAGAUUCACCCCUAAGUAAAUUUGAAAAUCUCCGUGAAAAACCUGGUCGACCGUCUACAUUAAUCUCUACCUCUGGUACAGGUAACAGCGCAAAAUGAUUGACCAUCGGAGAGAAAAUCAAAAAAUGUUUCCGAAAAGGAAAAGCAUAAUAUAAUACUUGAGAUUCAAAAAAUAGGGGGAGGACCAAACAAACCUACUGCGUUGCCCAUCAACUCCAUCUCCCCCUCCCAAAUCCGCCCGCGGCACAAAUUUCUUCGGACUCCACUGCUCUGAAUCCCUCUCCAUCUCCGCCUCGAAUUCCGCUUCUUGGAUGUGAUCCCCUCCUAUAGGCGCUCUUCUUUUUCCUCGCUUUUUUGAUAUUUUCUCCCGAGUUGGGAGCCACCAAAGAACUCGACUUCUUGGCUCCCUGAUCCAAACUGCCCCAAUUCCGCGAGGUAGCGCGGGAAGAUUGGAUGUUGAAGUCCCUCCGAGUAGUUUAGGUGGCUAAAUCAGAGAAGCCAUCUGGGGAUUUUGGUUCCGUGACCUAAGCCGGUGGAAGUUUGGUUUCGUGAUGGAGCAGGAGAAGCAGCAGCAGGUGGAGCCACCGGCGCCGGCGCUCGCAGCGGCAGCCGAGCCGAGGGCGCCACCACAACCGCAACAGCAGCCGAAGCCAGCGGUCUCGGUGCAGUCUGCUUUGCCGGUGCCGAGGCCGUGGCCAGUGGCCUUCACGCCUAUGAAUCCUGUGGUUGAAAUGAAGAGUGGCACCCCAACCAAGAGAAAGAAGCAUUGUAAUUGCAAAAAUUCACAGUGUCUAAAGCUGUACUGUGAGUGUUUCGCGGCACGUGAUUAUUGUGAUGGCUGCAAUUGUAAACAAUGUGGAAACACUCCUGAGAAUGAAAAGAAUAGGCAGGCAGCUAUUAACAAUACAAAGCAACGCAAUCCGAACGCCUUUCAACCUAAGAUUGAAAAUGGACCAAAUAAUCUCAGUAUUCGGAAGGAUGUUUCUGGAGCGCCACCUUCACUUCCAAAGCAUAAUAAAGGUUGUCACUGCAAGAAGUCGGGAUGCCUUAAGAAAUACUGUGAAUGUUUCCAAGCAAGUAUCCUUUGCUCCAAGAAUUGUAAAUGUAUGGAUUGCAAGAACUUCGAAGGAAGUGAGGAGCUACGGGCUAUAAUUCAGGGGGAUAAUUCGUGUGAUCGAAAUAACAUUCAACAAGCAGCUAAUGUUGCUCUGAAUGGAGCCAUUGGAUCUUCAGGGUAUAGAUUUUCUCCAGUGCGUAGAAAAAGGCCCCCAGAAGAUCCUUAUGGUCAGAGACUAAGUGGUGAAGGAAAUAUGACGCAGGCACAGUUUCAAGAGGCUAACCACAUGUAUGCUUCACAACUUGCUUCAUCUACUGGAUUUGAAGGGUGCAUUGGUAGUAAAUCUAAAAUGCUCUAUAGGUCUCCGCUAGCAAACACUAUCCAUCUUACUGAUGUCAACGACCUAGUCAGCCAUUUGGUGAUUGUAUGCAGAAAGGCAGCUGAGGAAUUCAAAACAAUAGCCGAUAACAAAGUGGAGAUGGAAGUAGAUAGGAAAAUUUGCUCAAGUACUGUCCAAAAUUUUGAUGAGAACAAAGAGGAAAUCCAGAAAGCUGCUGCUAUUCAAUUUGACAAUUUGACCAAUAUAGAUCAGCACAGCGCUGGUGACUUCAGAUCACAGUGCUCUAACAACCAAGAGGAUUCUAGGCCUGCCUCUCCAGGAACACAAGCGCUGAUGUGCCAUGAGCAGGACCUCACAUUUGGAACAGAUUAUAGAAGUUCAAUUCCAGUGGCAUUGCCAGAUCAGGACAAUUCGGAGCUACUCAAUGUGCAAGAAAAUGCAGUGUUGAGAGAGUUCCGAAAUUACCUCCGGCUCAUUAUCACACGUGGAAAAGUAAAUGAAGGAAAAUCCUCGUCUGGGAUGGAAUUGGAUGCUCAACGACAUCAUGGAUCAAGCACCAUUUUGCCCCCAGUAAAAGAUAAAGAAAAAUCGAACUCUCCGGAUGACCCUGAAAAUCUGAAAACAAGCCAACCCACCCAACCAUUUGCAUCAAAUGAUGUAUCAGAAGACCAAGGCCGUGUGUCAAAGUAGAUUUAGCUAAGUUUGUAUUUUCAUGUCAAGAUAUGUUUGUACCACAGCCAAUCUCUGUGUACAUAUGGAUAGUAUAGUCCUUGUUGCCAGAAACGGCAACCGGCCAUGUAGCAUUAGUCAUUCAUGAGAUGUAAAGCAGGCAACAAAAGUCCUACUGACCAUGUAAUUAAUAUUAUUAAUAAUGAGUUUUUAUAUGA